AUGUAUGGAGCAGAAACAUGGGCUCUAAGAAGAGAAGAGGAACUAAAGCUUGUGAGAACAGAGAUGAGAAUACUGAGGUGGAUUAUGGGAAUAUUGCUGCUUGAGAGAUUGGAAAAUGAUGAAAUUAUAAGAAAGGCUGGCUUCGUAAAGAUUGCAAAGAAAAUAAGAGAGUCACGAUUGAGGUGGUAUGGGCAUCAUGUGUUGAGGAUGGAUGACGAGGAGGGAGUGAAGAGGGAUUGGGAGAAACCUAUUAGAGGAAGAAGACCGAGAGGGAGACAGAGAAAGAGAUGGCGAGAUAAAGUGAAGGAAGAUAUGGAGAGAAGAGGUUUGGUGGAGGAUGAUGACUUUGAUAGAACGCAGUGGAGGAGAAGGCGCAUCAGGCAACCGACCCCUUAA